AUGGUACGAGAUUGUUUUAAAGAAAAUGAGUGGCAAGAUGUAAGACUCAAGCUCAUUGGAACAAGGGAUAAGGAUGGUAGAACUUUUAACUUGCCUACAUCUGAAGAAAUUGUUGCAUUAAUAAUUGGUGAUUUUGAUGGAGCCUUUGAUAAAAGAGAUAUCAUAGUCCAAACAAGAUCAGGCGGUCUUCAGAGAAUUAGUGAGCUUCAUCCCUCUUAUCUUGCAUUGCAAUAUCCACUUAUUUUCCCAUAUGCAGAAGAUGGAUUUAGACUUGGUAUUAAACAUCGAGGUAUUUCAGUUGAUUCUGAUAUAGUUAGAACCAGCACGACAAUGAGAGAAUUUUUUAGUUACAGACCACAAGACAGACCCAACCACUUUUCAUUGUUACUCAAUGCUCAAAAGCUAUUCCAACAGUUUGUGGUUGAUGCUUAUACAAUGAUAGAAUCUGCUUGGAGAAUCUUCAAGUUUGACAUACACUAUCGACUUCCAUCUGUUGAAAUAUUGCCUUUUCAUUGCGAAGAUGGUCAGGCUAUUAUUUAUGACGAUAAUUCAAACUUGUGUGACGUGGUUAGUAACCCAACUGUGAAAAUGUCUAUGUUUACAGAAUGGAUGAAAUGUAACCAAAUGGAUGCAUUCGCUAGAACAUUGAAGUAUAUAGAGUUUCCAAGACACUUUGUAUGGAUACGUAAAGAACGAAAGUGGAUUCGUAGAAAAAGACCUUUUGGUGCCGUUGGUAGCAUACAUUAUGUACCUCCAUCACUUGGUGAUUGUUAUUUCUUGAGAAUUUUAUUGAAUCACGUUAUAGGACCAAUGAGUUUCGAUGAUAUAAAAACAGUUGAUGGAAAAAUUUAUCCUACCUUUAAAGAUGCGUGCCUCGCUCGCGGUCUGUUGGAUGAUGAUAAUGAGUAUAUAAUUGCCAUGGAGGAAGCAAGCACAUGGUCCACUUUUGAUUUCUUGCGUACAUUUUUUGUAAUGCUGUUGAUGUCAAAUUCCAUUUCUAGGCCUGGUCAUUUCUGGAGACAAACAAAAUCUCUGUUGUGUGAAGAUAUAUUAUACCAGCAACGGAAGGUUACUGGUAUUUCUGAUUUGGUUCUUCCAGAGGAAGAGAUUGAAAACAUUUGCCUAUCACAUAUUGAAAAAUUGUUACUUGCUUAUGGAAGUACGUUAAGCUGCUUUUCAGACAUGCCGAAUGUUCCUGGGAACUACAUUUCAGCAUUGAACAAUCAAAUGAUAAUGAAAGAACUUUCCUAUGAUCGGAGUAGCUUAAAAAAGGAACUUGCAUCUUUCUUAAAAUCUUUAACUGAUGAACAGCACAAAGUGUAUCAAACUGUCAUGAAUGCAGUUGCUAAAGGAAAUGGAUGUGUUUUUUUUCUAUAUGGUUACGGUGGAAUUGGGAAAACAUUUCUAUGGAAAACAUUUGCAGCUGCGUUACGCUCCAAGAGUGAAAUUGUUUUGAAUGUUGCAUCCAGUGGUAUUGCAUCACUCCUAUUAGAUGGCGGUAGAACAGCUCAUUCCAGAUUUGUUAUUCCGAUAAACGUUAACGAGGAUUCUAUAUGUUCUAUAGAACCGAACAGUGAGCUAGGAGGCUUAAUAAAAGAAACUAAGAUGAUAAUUUGGGAUGAAGCGCCAAUGACACAUAAGCAUUGUUUUAAAGCUUUGGAUAGAACAAUGAGAGAUAUAGUCCGUUCCAAUAAUUCGUCCUUGCAGUCCAAGCCUUUUGGCGGAAAGAUAGUCCUUUUUGGCGGUGAUUUUAGACAAAUCCUUCCGGUCAUUCCAAAAGGUACUAGAAGCAUGAUUGUAAAUUCUCCAUUGAAUUUUUCUUAUAUAUGGCAUGAUUGUCAAUUACUCAAACUAACUCAAAACAUGAGGUUAAGAGUCGGUACAAAAGCAAGUAAUCUUCAGGAGAUCAAGGAAUUUGCUGAAUGGAUUUUACGCCUUGGUGAUGGUCUACUUGGUGAUCCAAAUGAUGGAGAGGUGGAGAUUGAAAUUCCAGAUGAUCUACUUAUAUUAGAUGAAGUCAAUCCUAAAUCUUCAUUGAUCUCAUUCACAUAUCCGGAUAUGCAAAACUUUAUGUGGGAUUCAAAUUACUUUCAACAAAGAGCCAUUCUUGCUCCCACAAAUGAUGUUGUUGAUUCAAUAAACACAGAACUGUUAAAUAGUAUCGUUGGUCAAGAGAAGAUAUAUCUAAGUUCGGAUUCUCUAUGUGAUACUGAACAACAUUCCGACCUUGACAUGGCAUUGUUUCCUCCGGAUGUGCUAAACAAAAUGCAUUUGUCAGGAUUACCUAACCAUAAAUUGGUUCUUAAGGUUGGAGCUCCGGUAAUGUUACUUAGAAACAUUGAUCAAACAAAUGGUUUGUGUAACGGUACACGGCUUCAAGUAACAAAACUUGGAAAACUUGUAAUUGAAGCAAAGAUUAUUACCGGAACUAAUAUAGGUCACCAUACUUUGAUUUCAAGAUUGAAAAUGACACCAAGUGAUAAAAGAUUACCAGUGAAAAUUGCUCGAAGACAGUUCCCACUAUCCCUGUGCUUUGCAAUGACCAUCAACAAAAGCCAGGGACAAUCACUUGAACGUGUAGGACUAUAUCUUCCACGUCCGGUUUUUAGUCACGGGCAACUAUACGUAGCUGUAUCUCGAGUAAAGAGCAGGAGUGGUUUGAAGAUUUUGAUAUGUGACAGCGAAAAACAAGUAUCUAAAACCAUAACUAAUGUGGUCUACAAAGAAGUUCUACAAAAUCUGUUGUGCUCGUAA